UUCAGUGCAUUUUUCAGUUGUUGUUGUUACUCUUUAAAAUUUUGUAGACAAUGAUCUUUUUUUAUUAAAUAUAAGGUGGAUCAAGUGUUGUGCUGAUUCUUGAGAGAAAUAGCAAUGGGAGGCAAGACGCCAGCUGGCACUGCCACCUGGACUGGUGUGAAAGGCGGGCACACAGUGGCGGAAGGCAUGGUCAUGAUCCAAAAGGGAUUGGAGGAUCCAAAGGUUAAGUACAUGAGGGAGCAAAUGGAGAAAUUGGGUUGCAGAGUUACGGAUAAUUUCUUCCAAGCCAUCCGAUGCGAUAAGCCGGUAUCAGGCUUUUUUGAUCCCCGGGGUGGGAUAAAAGUAUGUGCAAACAAUUUGAGAUUUCAAGAUGAGGUAACCCAAGUACUCAUCCAUGAGCUCAUCCAUGCAUAUGAUCAGUGCCGUGUCAAAAAUUUGGACUGGAAAAGCGACGAACAUACUGCUUGUGCUGAGAUCAGAGCAAACCGUCUCAGUGGGGACUGUCAUAUCGUGAGAGAGUGGUUGCGUGGUCGUUUCAAGAUACGAGGCCAUGAACAAAAAUGCAUCAAAAGAAGAGUGAUGACCUCAAUGGGUAUCAUAUCUCCCAAUCAACAUGGACGUUUGGCUGCCAUUGAGAAGGUGUGGGAUACUUGUUACAAUGACACGGAUCCGUUUGACAAAUCUUCUUGAAGAUUUUUCCUGUGUCUCAAAACUGAGCUUACAAUUGUUGCGUUGUAGAUUUGAGAUUAUGAUUUAUGAGUCGAAUAUUUCUUCAAUUCUGGAAGGCGAGAGAAUUUUGUUGACAUUAGCCUGACGUUUGUUCCCUAUUUACUUUGCUGCAAUGUGGUUUUUGAAUGGCUUGUUUAUCUCCUUUACAAUGGCCUUGUCUUGGAAAAUGUUUCGUUGCCAUGAUGUUUGUUUCAUAGCCUUCAAUGUGUAUGAAAUAUGGCUUCAUUAUUCUCAACCUUCUUUAGCCCUAUGUUUGGUUCAAGG